GGAAAGGCCCCGCCCCCUCAGGUCCCCUGGCAACGAGAGGCGCUGACGGCGGGACCGGGACCGGGACCGGGACCGGGACCGGGAUCGGGAUCGGGAUCGGGAUCGGGACCGGGAUUGGGACUGAAGUGAAAAUCCAAGAAGGGAGAUUAUGUGACAGCAGCAGCACAGGGACCGCGAUUUUCUUCCACAGUCUCAUCUUGUAGAAGAGCUGCCGUGUCCUUUCUAGACCUGAAACCACCCAGGCCACUGGUGUUUAACUGAAUCCAUGGCCACUGGGGAUCCAGCUGCAUUCCAGGCACCCUUGUUGAAGCAAAGAACCUUGGUGAAAGGCACAACUCCAGGGAGGGCAGGGAUCCCAUUAGGAGUCAUGAAGGUGUUAGAUCCACGCCAGUUACAGCCUGAUACCACAGAGACAGAAAGAAUCCUAAAUGUCUUGGAUGAGACCAUUGUCAAGCUGGAGAUCACCAGGCUGAUCCCACGGAUUAUUGGCUCCCUGGAGAGGUAUGCUAGGAUGCUGGGACCUGAGAUCACCAGCAGACUUUUGGAGCAUCAGAAGCUUUCAAUGGAAAUACAGCACCUGCUCGCCAGCCCUGGAGAUGAGGAGACCAAGAGAGCUGCGGAGCAACGCCUGAAAUGUUCCCUGAGAAACAUCCUGAGGCUCCUCCUGGCCAACCCUUUGCUUUACCAUGGACUGAAAUACAAAGUUCGGGUGAGAGAGUCACCAGCUGAUGUGUUUAUCAAAGCCUUUAUGGAAUUCCGGGAUUUCACACUCGAGAAGCUCCUGACCAGUCCUGAUGAGGAGAAGGAGAAGAUUCAAUUCAUGAAAGACAUUUCCCUCCAGGUUGAGAAAAAUACGGAAACAAUCUCAGCUCUGCGGGAAGAGCUGGCAGCAGUCAUCCAGACUCGAGAUGAGGAGCUUAACAAGAAGGACAAAACAAUCGAAAACCUCAAAACCAGCAUGGAAGAUCUGGCCAAGGACUGCAAGGCUGAAAUCCAGCACAUCAUGGAGGAAGGGGAAAAUCAGCAAAAAGAGGAUGAGAAAGCCUCCCAGGACAGGUGUGCCAGGCUGAAACAGGAGGUUCAGCUCCUGGGAGCACGGUUCAAUGCACUGGUGCUGGAGCAUCGAGCCUCAGAGCUGGUUGUCAGGAAGGAAAAGUGCAAAGCGGAAAGGGAAAUUCAGAAAUGGGUCCAGAAAUACGACAUAGACAUGGCAGAAAAACAGGCCACAUAUGACGAGCUCCAGGCUGUCUACAAUGACGAGAAGGAGCAGUUGUCCCUGCUGAUGGAGAAACACGCGCUGCUGCUCCAGGAGUACACGGAGAUUGAGGAGGAGCGCAGGAUGCUUAAGGAGAAGGAGGAGGAAGCUGCACGGGAAGAGGCCAGGAGGAACAAUGCUGCCACCUGCAUCCAGGCCUUCUGGAAAGGCUACUUAGUGCGGUCCAUCUACAAGUCAAAACUAAAGAAGGGCAAGGGCAAACGCAAGGGCAAGAAAUAAAGCCCCAAAUCCCUUUUCUCUCCCUGGCAAA